CUUAUUACAUGUCCGUUCCAUAGGCGUUGAUACGCGCCCGCCACAACCUACGUCGCUUUGUCCGAUUGUUGUCCAGGUAGAUUGAUGUCUACAGCGAGUCAGCAUAGAGAUGGCACUACCGCGCGACUCUGGCCAGGGUCCUUCCCCGCAUCUCGCUGCCGAGGCUUCAGCACCAUGAUAGUUGACAUGUUUGAGCCCGCAAAGCAGGAUGUAUCUUUUCGAUAUCGCUGCAGCUGACGGGACAGACCCUCGCAAUUGCCUUGUCAUCUCGAGGAGCCUCGCAUUGGCAUCGACGUCGCAACCGCAAUACGUGAACCCGCAGUCGCCAUGGCCCUAGGAGAAUACACAAACCUACGCGUCGACCGGCACGACCAAGUCUUUGUCAUCACCCUCGCCAAAGCACCCGAGAAUCGCAUAAACGUCAAGUUUGCACAGGAGAUAAUACGUGCGCUACGCGACAUUGAGCAAGAACUAGGCCCCGAUGCGGAAGGAUGUGUGAUAACAAAGGGAAACGACGAGAAGUUCUGGUGCACAGGUCUCGAGCUAGACGAGAGCGAUACAAACCCAUUUGCGAAUAGCGAUGGCUUCUUCCCGCUACUAGCGACCUUACUCGACUACCCGUUCCCCACUAUCGCUCUGCUGACGGGCCAUACCUUCGGUGGGGCUUGUCCCUUUGCUCUCGCGCACGACUAUCGCAUCAUGAACGCGUCGCGUGGCUUCUUCUCUAUGCCGCCUGUCAACCUCGGCCUGCACUUCCCUGGCAUCGGCUUUCUCCCUCGACUCAAGCUUCGACCGCAGAUUGCGCGAAAGAUGCUGCUCGAAGCGCAUCGCUGGACGGGCAAAGAGGCAUAUGAGGAUGGUAUUGUCGAUGAGGUUGCAGAGCCCAAAGAGAUGUUCAAGGCCGCGUUGAAGAAAGCAAAGGCAGUCCAGGGUAGGGCCAAGAUGGGCGUAUACAGCGUGCUCAGAAACGAGCUUUGGGGUGAGGCGGCUGAGAAGAUCAGAAGCAUCUGCUAUGUGCAUGGUAAGAGGGUCACCGCACCCGCAAAGGCGAAGAUCUGAAACCGUCUCUUCGGCGGCCGGACCGAUGAAGAUGCGCCUAUCAGUCUAUCAGCAACAUCCAAAUAAAUAUG